AUGAUGUAUCGUGUACGUCACAACCUUCAAUCAAUCAAUCAAUCGAGUCCUUUUCCGCAUCAGCACGGUGGGACCAAAUGCCUCAACCGCGCAGGUAGACGACGAGACCAUUAUAGCACCAGGCUGGGCCAUUACCGCGUGAACGAAGUUGUUGGGAGAGGGGGUUUUGGACAGGCCGCUCGCUGCACUAGGAUUGCCGACAACGAGGCUCUGAAAGAAACGACUUUGCUGGAACAUCUUUCUCACCCGAACAUCGUGGGUUUAUGGGAGAGCUUAUUCCACGGCCCCUCCGAAGGGUUGCUUUGCAUCGUCAUGGACUACGCUGAGGGGGGGGACCUCGGUGACUAUCUCAUGAAGCAAAACGGACGGUUACUGGACGAUGAACUAUCUUUGACUGGUACGUUGUUCCGGGAUUGGUUGAUGACUUCCACUCUGCGCUACAUCCACGAAAAGAACAUUCUUCACAGAGACCUUAAGCCGAUGAACGUCUUCCUCACGGGCUCGGGGACGAUCAAGCUCGGAGACUUUGGCAUCGCCAAGGUUCUGGAGUGCGCUGCCGAUACGGCAAGCACGAGAUGUGGUACGCUCGUCUACAUGGCCCCCGAGGUGAUGGGCGUCGAACCCUACGGUCACAAGGCAGACAUGUGGAGCUUGGGCACUCUCUUUCGACCUCCUCGACGGUGUGUUCUGUACGAGAUGACUCCACUGCGUCGCCCCUUCACAUCUGUAGCGGAGAUUCUCCAAGAACAUCCGGAGCCGAUCCCGGCCAGGUGCAAUACAUGA